GAGCAUCUCAGGAGUAUGCAGGGGCCGCCAGGACAUAACAAAGAGGAAAGGGCGGGCCCAGGGAUUCAACCAUUGGCAGGGAGUGCCCUGCCACAAUCCUAACAGCUGAGGACACAGCCGAGAGUGUUUGCAGGGUCCCAGACAGUCUAAAAUGGAACUUGGCUUUUCAGGGGUCCGAGGCAUCCCCAGGUCACAUGGGAGGGCACUGAGUAGGGCUUCUGUCUGUGGGAAAACUGGACAAUUCUAUCUAGCUCGCCCGAGCUGUGUCUAGAGACAUUUAACUCAGGUGGUGUUUCAGCCCCCAGUUUGCAAGAAUCGACAAGGAAGCCCACCCCUCAGUGGUGAUGGGAGGCUUCCAGCAUGGAACCUAGGUCCACCGGGAGAUCAGUGCUUAUGUGCCUUAGAUGCAGACUUGCUGUGAGACACAGCACGCUUCGCCGUAACCAUGUGGCAGACUUAAGUGUCAGGAACCUCACCACCUCCUGUACCUCCCCUGAGUCCGCAGGACCCCGUGAAGCAGGUGCCCCUAGGAUUAUCUGUGUGGGGAAGCAAAGGCUCAGAGUGGGUGAGCCAGGCAGCUGGGGAUCAGCAGGGCAACUGUGCCCACCUUGGCAUCUCCUCACCCGAGCCCUCUCUCUCAACCACUGGGCCAGGCUCCUGGGCCGGAUGGCUGACACCUGAAGGUCAGAGGCAUUUCUGAUUCCUGAAAUCUCGGGAAGAUCUUCAACCCCAGGAGUAGAGUUGAGGUGGGGGGUAUUAGUGGUGUGGGCCACCCAUGUGGGCCGCCCUGCAUGGACGCUUCUUUGAUGCUAGAGCACCAGGCCAUAGAGCAGGAUGGCAGCUCUCACAGCCUGGACACAGAGCCAGACGGAGUUCCCAUGGACGGCAGUCACAGGAAAGAGAGCCACACUGUGUGCGAAGGCCCAGGGUAACCACCCCCUCCCAUGUGCCUGGGACCAUGGUAUGCAGAGCAAGGACUGCCUGGGGUAGACAUGGACAGGCUGCAGAGCCCAGAGAAUGGCAACUGUCCUCCUUCUGUGUCCCUGGGACCUUGUCCAUAACCUCUACAGCCCCCACUCUGGGGCUCCUGCAGACUGACGGCAGGGCCCGGAGAGGGUCUGUGUGGGGGACUGGCUGCCCAGCCAGUGACAGUGCACAGAGGGCCAGGUGGCUGUACCCUUGACUGUGGACACCCACCCUGGACAUGGCUGUGCUUGAGCGCAAGGGUGCCAUGCCGAACCCUCAAGGCAUUUAUGAACACAGUGGAGGGGCUGACUUUGAGGGUCACACGUCUGUCAGUGCACAUCUGCCCAGCCCUGGGGCUCCAGGACCAGAAGGCCAUGCCCGGUUUGCAUGAGUGCUCAGCCUGGGACUUCACGCCCAUGCACAAGUGUCAUGGGGCCCACUGCCGUGAUGAGCGUGGACCAGGAGACUGACACGCUGACCAGCCUGGGUGCAGCCAGCCAUUUAUUAAGUCACUUAAUGACUGCCUUGUGAUGUCAGCCCUGAGGAAGCAGAGGCCUUUGAUGAGGGGCCAAGCACCCUUGUGAGUAUGGACUGCUCCUGGCCAUUACACUGUCCCAUUUCCAGGAAGGAGGGACGUACCACCCUCCAUGUUGCUGUGGACAAGGAGGGUGCCAUGAUGGACAGUGUGCCCAGCUUCUGGGGGGCUCCCUUUCUUCCAAACACAGGGCCUCCAGCCCUCGGCUCAGGGAGCCGUGACCCUCCCCGUGGACCUUUCAGUUGCCCUGGCUCAGCCUGUGUCCAUGGACCACCGCGGUUCAGGCUGAUGCUGGAAGACAGCACUUUCCAGGCUUUGAGGGAAGAGCCUUUGUUCAAGAGGCUGCACACCAAGUGUGCUGCCCUGCCUGGGGGAGAGGGCAUCCUCCUCUCCCUCCCCUUCCCCAGGAAGUGGUGGACCAUCAUCAACAGUCACCGCUUUAUGUCCUUCUGGUGGGAGGAAGACGGCAGUUGUGUAGGCAUCAAUGAGGAGCUCUUCGAGAACAUGGAGUGGGGGGGCUCAAACAAGUUAUUUGAAACAGACUGCAUGAAGAGCUUCGUCUGCCAGCUUAGCCUGUAUGGAUUCAGCAAAGUGCGCCAAGAUGUGCUCACCUCCCUCUGCCUGACCACCCUGCUCAUGGAGGAGCUGCCUGUCUGUGUCCUGAGCAAGUUACAGUUCUGUUGCAGUUUCCUGUCUAAGAGAGACAGCCCACACCUCCUGCGGAAGAUGAAGGGGAGAGUGGGCGUUAAGUCUGCUUCUCGGCAGGGGAUCCAGGAACCAGGAGGUGAAGGCAGAGGUCUAAGGACCGUGUCCAGAGGACAGAGAACAGAGGAGGUCCAGGCAGUGCCAGGAGUCAAGUCCCAGGCAUUGCACUCGGGAUUGACAUGAGUGAGCUGAGCAAGCCUGAGGAAGACCUUCAGGAGCCAGGCGAGGCCCACGACCUGGAGGAGGAGCAACUCUUGGGGGCUGAGGCAGGGGAGGCUGCAUCCGCCUCGGCCUCCUCCCUGCCAGUCUCCUGCUCCACCCUUGCAGAGGCCUUGUCCCAGGAAGCUCUGAAUGAGAUGCCAGUUAACCUGAUGAAGUUCCUGCUCUUCAAGUAUCAGGCCAAGGAGCUGACCUCUGAGGCAGAAAUGCUGAAGAAGGACCUCAGGGAUAACCAGAAGCACUUCCCGGUGGUCUUCAGCCAAGCCUCAGAGUGCCUUCAGCUGGUCUGUGGUGUUGAGGUGAAGGAGGUGGACCCCAUGGAGCACAUCUACAUCAUGGUCUCCACCCUGGGAUUCACCUGCAAUGCAAUGCUGAGCAGUGGGCAGGGCUUGCCUAAGGCCAGUCUCCUGGUGCUCGUCCUCAGCCUGAUCAUGCGGAAUGGAGACCGCACCCCUGUGGAGGAGGUCUGGGGAACACUCAGCAGAUUGGGUGUGUGUCGGGAGUGAGCACUGUGUCUUUGGCGAGCACAGGACACUGCUGCUGACCCAUGUGUGGGUGCAGGAGGGGUACCUGGAGUACCGGCAGACGCCUGACAACGACCCUCAUCGAUAUGAGUUCCUGUGGGGUCCCUGGGCCUAUGCAGAGACCAACAAGUAGGAAGUCACAGAGUAUCUGCUCAGAGUCAGCCAAAGGUUUUCCAGGGCCAUCCCACCCCUGUCUGCAAAGUCUGUGAGGGAGGAGAAGAGGAGCCCUGACCCAGAGAAGCCGCCAAACUGAUCCUUCCCUCUGUGAUUGAAGAGAGAGCAGUCAGCCUUCUCAGUAGUGAUAGCCUGGGCCACUUGGGGGAACCCGGUGUAUAACAUAUUUGUGUUCCUUUUCUCUGCGAUGACGUGGAAAUUUAUCUCUUUUUUUAUGAGUUUUUCAAAUGUGUUUUUUCAGCUUAAGCCUUAAUAAACUUCAGUAUCUAACUUGGUGAAUGACAUUGAUCACACAUGUAUUUGUACUUAACCAGUUUAAGGACCAGAGUUUUGCUGUUUUGUAAAAGAGAUUGGGAACUCUCCCGUUUUAUUUUAUGACCCUGAGCAAGAUAACAUGGAACUGGAAUUAACAACUAUUUUGGAUAUGUGAACUUACUAGCAGUAUAUAGUUGGUGGAAGAAUUGGAAAAUAAAAGAAAUGA